ACCUAAAAUUUCCAAGCGUCUGUUACACUGAGAUUCAAUUUCACGUGUUUUACAAAAAUAUAAACAUUUAUUGUUGUUUUUUAGCAAAAUGCUUACGAACAAGAUAUUUUUAAAGAAAACAAAGAAAGGAAGCAUAUUGAAGAUUGUAAGGGAGCAUUAUUUACGAGAUGACAUUUCAUGCGGAUCGGAAUGUUGCGAAAGUUGUGUUCAUGACGAAAAAGGACCAGUUUUGAAAGAAAAACCAGAAAAUCCGAGCUGUCAGUUUGAUAAAGAACAUUAUAUCAUUCCGGAUACGAAUGUUGUACUUCAUCAGAUUGAUGUCCUAGAGGAUACAGUGCUACAGAACGUCAUUAUCUUGCAAACAGUUUCUGAAGAGGUCCGUCACAGAAGUGCACCAGCCUACAAAAGGUUAAAAGAUAUCUUGGCCAAUCAGGGAAAACAUUUUUACUCAUUUGCAAAUGAAUUCAACAAAGAAACAUAUGUAGAGAGAGAGCGUGGUGAGACAGCCAAUGAUCGUAAUGAUCGAGCUAUACGCAAGGCAGGGACAUGGUAUAGGGAUCACCUGAGUGGACAGAACAGUGCUGUACAAAUUGUCCUUAUUACUAAUGAUGCUGAUAAUAGAGCAAAAGCUAAACAGAAGGGGCUGAUAGCUUUCACAGUUCAGGAGUACAUUAAAGGUUUGAAAGAUAAUGGUUCCUUGCUUGACAAACUGGCGCAUGUGGGAACAGGCUUGGUAUAUGAGAGGGAUAAAGUACAAUUUCCGGAACAUUUACCGAUGGUAGAGAUACAGCGAGGCAUCAAGUCCGGCAAAUACUUACAGGGAAACUUUGUAGCCAGUCGUGAGAACUACCUAGAAGCUAAUAUAAGUCUACAAACAGCUGAUGAGAUGCUGUUUGUUCAAGGUCACAAGAAUUUGAACCGAGCUGUAAAUGGUGAUGUUGUUGCCGUUGAGAUGUUACCAGAGUCCGAGUGGAGCUGUCCGAGCUCUCUAGUACUGGAGGAGACUGAGGAGAAAAAUGAUGAUGCAGAUAUAGAUGAAGAGGAUGAACAGAUUAAGAGGAACAAAGUACCGAAGGAGUUACGACAACAGACGUGCCGUGUAGUAGGAAUAAUAAAAAGAAACUGGCGGCAAUACUGUGGCAUUUUACAGAAGUCUGCUAUAACAGAGGCAACAAGGCAUCUUUUUGUACCAGCAGAGAAAAGAAUUCCAAAGAUUCGCAUAGAGACAAGGCAGGCUAAGGACUUGUGUACACAGAGAAUAGUUGUGGCUAUAGACAGUUGGCCUAGAAACUCGCGCUAUCCACAGGGACAUUUUGUGAGGAAGCUUGGUAAUGUAGGAGACAAGGAGACAGAGAAUGAGGUGCUAUUAUUAGAACAUGAUAUUCCACACAACAACUUCUCCGAGACAGUGCUGAGUUACCUGCCAAAACUGCCAUGGGUUAUUACAGAAGAGGAUAUGAAACAUCGUACAGACUUGAGACAUAUAACUGUAUGUAGUGUAGAUCCACCAGGCUGUACAGAUAUUGAUGAUGCUCUCCACUGCCGAGAUCUUGAUAAUGGAAAUCUUGAGGUUGGUGUACAUAUAGCUGAUGUAAGUCAUUUUAUACGGCCAGGUAAUGCUCUAGAUAAGGAGGCAGCCAAUCGUGGUACAACAGUUUAUCUUGUAGACAAGAGAAUAGACAUGGUACCAGAAUUGCUGAGUUCAAAUUUAUGUUCUCUAAGAUGUGACGUAGAUAGAUUUGCUUUCACUGUGAUAUGGGAAAUGACCCACAAAGCUGAAAUUGUGAAAACAACAUUUAUGAAGAGUGUUAUAGAAUCAAGGGCAUCACUAACAUAUGGUGAAGCACAGAUGAUUAUAGACGACCCUGCUCGCAAUGAUGAUAUUGCCAAGAGUCUACGAGGGCUUAAUAAACUUGCUAAAAUACUUAAACAAAAGAGGACUGAUAAAGGAGCAUUAACACUCGCCUCACCAGAGAUUAGGUUUAAUAUAGACAGUGAGACACAUGACCCCAUUGAUGUUCAAGCUAAACAAUUAUUAGAUACAAACUCGAUGGUUGAAGAGUUUAUGUUGUUAGCCAACAUAUCCACAGCUCAGAAGAUACACGAGGAGUUCCCUAACUGUGCAGUGUUAAGAAGACAUCCCUCACCACCAGCAUCUAACUUUGAUCCUCUUAUAAAAGCUGCCCAAUCUAAGGGCUUCAAAAUGAAUGUAUCAUCAGGUAAGGAACUUGCUGACAGUCUGAAUGCAGCCGUUCUUGAGGAUGACAAAUAUUUUAACACAAUGUUACGUAUAAUGACUACGCGAUGUAUGAUGCAAGCUGUAUAUUUCUGUAGUGGAAUGCUGCCUGAGGCAGAAUUUCUUCACUACGGUCUGGCAUCGGAAAUCUACACACAUUUUACUUCUCCUAUAAGAAGGUACUCAGAUAUACUGGUUCACAGAUUGUUAGCUGUGUGCAUAGCAGCAGACGCAUCAUACCCGGAGCUUCUAGAUAAACACAAGACACAGUCUGUAUGUAAUAAUCUCAACUAUAGACACAAGAUGGCGCAGUAUGCAGGCCGAUCUUCUGUGAAUUUGCAUACACAUUUAUUCUUCAAAAAGAGGGUCGUGGACGAGGAGGGAUACAUUUUGUUUGUGAGGAAGAAUGCCGUACAGAUCCUAAUACCCAAGUACGGCCUGGAAGCGACACUAUAUCUUAAUGUAGAUGGCCGUAAGAAAGGACCAACUUUUGUGUUCAAUGAAGAUGAGAAUACACAGAGUUGUGGUCCGGUGACACUGCACGUGUUUGAUCGUGUUGUCAUACAGAUUAGUAUAGAUAGAUCUAAUGUCCAACAUUUAAAACUUCAAAUCAGACUAGUCGAGCCUAGCAUUCCUGAAUUCAGUGUUCCUGCUGCUAGUAAUGAAGAAGAUAAGUCAGAAGAGCCUCCUGCAAAGAAAAUAAAAACUUGAAAAUAAGAAACAAGGACUUAGAAUUAAGUCUUCCAAACUGGAUGCCACAAAGUUGUGGAAUCCCAAAUAUCCCUAAAUUGUUAUCAAAAGCCAAGUAAAAGUGAACUGUUAUCAAAAGUUGCCUUAGUAAACUAGAUUUUAUCAUCUUUUAGAUAUGUGAGUAAAGACAUAAAUAGAAACAGGAAGUAGAAUUUUAAAAGCACUGAAUGACUGUGUCACUAUCAACAAAGAUAAAAGGAUAUCAAGGAAGUGUAAAAAUUGUGACCCAAACUAGAUGACUUUGUCUGGUUUAGAUUUACGUAUUUGACCUGUGUGUGAAAUGAUAGCACUUGUAGUGACAUCGUAACAUAGUUACAAAGUACUUCUGAAGUGUGGUGACCUUGAAAAUAUAGUUCUGUUGAUAAGCUUAUCAUACUGUUAAUGGAUAAAACUUGAGUAAAUAAAAAGGGCAAAUAAAACUUU